ACAGUGUGGCUUGCCGCCCUGCGAGAGACAGAGAAUGAGGAUUCAACGGAGGAGCACAUCAUAUGUGAAGACCACUUUCUGACAGGCCACAUAACAUCACGCGGAAUAAGCGAUGAUGCCAUUCCUACCAUGCCACCAUACCUCGACGGACCACCAAGUCUGAUCAGCCCAUGGGGCGAGGACUCUUCUGAGGAGGAGGAAUUCGUGGAUGAUGAUGAUGAUGAUGCUGUUGGUGUUGCUACGGCUAAGCACGUGAGGAUGCUCUCAGGAUCACUUUGAUUGACAGCUUUCUUAUUGCAUUCAUUGUAGUCGUUGUUUUUAGUUAUCCCAGUCUACAUGUAUUUUAUUUACAGAAUGACGAUGUUGAAGAAGAGUACGACGAGAGUCAGGCCGAGACAGAACCAUCUGCAUCUAGGUAAGGUAACAGCACUCUAGCCUGUAUGAAAUAUAAUGAGCAUUAAUCCUUUUGUGUUUUGGUCCCUCAAUCGAGUAGUGAAUUUCAAACACAGAUUCAACCACAAAGACAAGGGAGGUUUUUCAAUGCCUCACAAAAAAGGGCACCGAUUGGUAGAUGUGUAAAAAAAAUAUAUAUAUAUAUAUAUAUGUCUCUUUGAUCAUGGUAGUUAUUCAUUAGGCUUUGGAUGGUGUAUAAAUACACCCAGUCACUACAAAGAUACAGGCGUCCUUCCAAACUCAGUUACUGGAGAAGGAGGAAACUGCUCAGGGAUUUCACUAUGAGGCCAAUGAUGAUUAAAACAGUUACAGAGUUUAAUGGUUGUGAUAUGAGAACUGAGGAUGGAUCAACAACAUUGUAGCUACUCCACAAUACUAACCUAAAUGACAGAGUGAAAAGAAGGAAGCCUGUACAGAAUACAAAAUAUUCAAAGCAUACAUCCUGUUUGCAACAAAGCACUUAAGUGGUUGUUGUUGUUUUGUUUCCCUCUUCACUCUUGGUCCCGUGAACUAGUUGAAGACAAGGUAUGGGUGAUCAUCAUUUCUGAAAAUCUAUUUAUUAUUAUUCAACAUCAACCUGGCAUUGAAUGACCCUUUGACACUUCUUUGCCUUGGACAAUUCCUGCAUCCAGGGCUGACUCCAGGCAUAAGUGACAUAAGCGGUUGCUUAGGGCCCCAGGCCGCUAAGCAACCACUUUAAAACUGGAAACAAUUUUUUAUUUUUUUUGCUGUGCCCCAUGGCAAAAUGUGUAGAAUUGCAGGAAAUGCACUUAAUUUUUUUUUAUCUCCGCCAUCAAGGGGGGGCCACUAAAAUGUUUUGUCGCGUGGGUGGGGGCAAUAAAUCUCGCUUAGGGCCCCCAGAUGGCUGGCUGCAUCCCUAAUGGCAUCCUAUCCACUAUUUAGUGCACUACUUUUGACCAGUGCCCAUAGGGGAACACCUGUGACCAGGUGAAUCCAGGUGAAAGCUAUGAUCCCUUAUUGAUGUCACUUGUUAAAUCCACUUCAAUCAGUGUAGAUGAAGGGGAGACAGGUUAAAGAAGGACUUUUAAGCCUCGAGACAGUUGAGACAUGGAUUGUCUAUGUGUGCCAUUCAGAGGGUGAAUGGCAAGACAAAAUAUUUAAGUGUCUUUGAACAGGGUAUGGUAGUAGGUGUCAAAGUGCACCGGUAUGAGUGUGUCAAGAACUGCAACGCUGCUGGGUUUUUCCUGCUCAACAGUUUCCCCUGUAUAUCAAAAUGGUCCACCAACCAUGGCUUUGAUGAAAUAUUGUACAUUUCUCCUACUGUAGCCAGUGCCACUGAACCCAAGCCAGUGGUACUGGACACCCUUUGUCCGCCAGGAUCUGUCCCUGGCUCUGUUGACUAAGAAGUUCUUAAGGCUGUUGCGUGGCAUCCCUCAUGAUGUCAUGGACCUUAACCUCGUGGCACAGAACCUCAACACACGCAAACGGAGGGUCUGUGACGUCACCAACUACCUGGAGGGGAUCAAGCUCAUUCAGAAACAAUCUGCCAACAAGAUCAAUUGGAUGUGAGUACUACAGUUUCAACACACAAGCGCUUCGCUAGUCUGUGCUCCCACCUUCUGUGCUUAAUUGUCUGUUUUGACACGGUGUUCAUGCAAGGUCGUAUUCAUUAGGCAUCAAAUGGAAGAAAACAGACUGAAAUAGGGAGGGACUACCACCUGAACUUGUCCAAAAUUAAAGACACAUUUUUGUGUUCUGUUGCAAAACGUUUAUAAACAUCUUCCACGGCGUGCCCUAAUGAAAAUGUGAUCCCUGUUGUUGAGCUGUUCUUGUCUAUUAAUGUUCUGUAUUAUGUCAUGUUAUCUGUGGACCCCAGGAAGAGUAGCUGCUGCUUUCGUAACAGCUAAUGGGGAUACUAAUAAAAUACCAAGACCAGGUCACCCUGCAUGGUUGCAAGGGGUUUGUCUGUAUUCUAUAACUGAGUGUGGUAUCCUCCUCUCCCUCCCCAGAGGUCCGUGUCCAGUCAAUGGUUUUGUGGGGCCGAAGCAGAGGCUUCAGCGGGAGGUGCAGAACCUGAAGACGGUGGAAAGUCUGGAUGAGCUCAUCAAGACCUGUGCACAGCAGCUCUUUGACAUGAAGGACAGCCUAGACAACAGAGAAUAUCCUUUUAGAACACAAACACUGUAAAAAAAAAACUAUUGGUCGCUAAAUCCGGCUAGAAGGACCAUGUAAAAACUAUUGGUCGCUAAAUCCGGCUAGAAGGACCAUGUAAAAACUAUUGGUCGCUAAUUCCGGUUAGAAGGACCAUGUAAAAAUGGUUGGCUGGUAUGCCCUCACCCGUCUGUUCAGCUGUGAAUGCCCUCACCCGCUAUAUACUUAUAACUGAGUGGUUUGGUUCUGUCCACUAUAGUGCUGUCCGAUCAGAACAUGAUGUUGAGGCCCAUACUGAACACUUGGUCACCACCACACCCACACACACACAGACACUGCUGUUUCUAUCUGAGGAUGUUUAUAUGAUUGUGGUCAUCUGAAUUACUUGGAAUUUUAUUGUUGUUUAUUUCGGUGCAUGCACAACAUUCAGACAUUUGUGUUACUGUUGACAAUAAAAAGUCCUCAGAAACAUGCGUCUUCUCCCUACAGACAACGAUAACACUCUGAUCUGAGUGGGCGGGUGCAGUGUCCAGAUGCGCAUUUCCAAACGCUCUGAUUGGUUGCGAAUGGCAGGGCAGCCAAUCUAAUGGGAUUUAAUGGAAAUUGAAGGGACCGUGAGGGGAAGUUAGGUAGUAAAACUAAUACUCUACCUUUUACAUGGUACAAACACUGGUAUUUUAAGUAGCUGACAACACUGAGAAUAGUAGAUGAGGAGACACAAUCCAAAAAGUAGCGAAAUGCAGACUGAUGAUAGUAAUAAAUUACUGUCUAAAAAAAUAUGAAAGUCACUCUCAGAUUUACGCUGUGAAUGAACCAACAUUUUGGGACAUAACGUUAGGUUUGAGGCCGUUACGAUUGAGGCCGAACAGCUGUGGAAACCGUCACCAGUCCUAAAGUACAAACAAUUUGUGUGUCCUGCUGUUGUAUCCUCUUUAACUGCCUCUGGACAUUAGCAUACGUUACCCACAGUGACAUCAGUGGUAUCAAGGUGUUCCAGGAGCAGACGGUCGUUGCCAUUAAGGCCCCGGAGAAGACCAAGCUGGAGGUGCCCACACCCAAGGAGGUACAGUAAGCCCUGGAGGGCCAAUUUCAAUCCUGCUUUACAGACCUGGGUCGUGUUCUUUAGGGAACACAGUAGCAAAACGUGGUGCAAUGAAAACUGGCGUUUCUUAUUGGACAAGCUAAUAUAGUACAUCUCCUGUUUCCACAGUUUUCUUCUGUUUCAUGCCUAAUGAAGACACUACUCUGUAGCUGUACAUGAAUGCUUAUUCAUUCAUGACGCACUGACACAAACUAAACAGUUGCAGAAUCGGUACAAUUCUAAACCACUGAGUCUGAUGUUGAUUGGCUGAACUUAUCACUUUCUUGAAUUGUUUCCAUUUUAGAACGGCAUCCAGAUCCACCUGAAGGGAGGCAGGGGACCAAUCAAAGUGCUGACCUGUGAGAUGGGCGGGCCUCCACGUGACACACAGGGAAGUGGAAAGACAAUGGACUUUCUAGCACUGGAGGAGAGUAGGAUUAAGGCCAUGCUUCUGCAGACAGGUAACAGCUGUGCUUUUCAAUCAAUCAAAUCAAUCAAUUGUUAAGCUAUAUUAGGUGCCUUAGACAUGAAUUUACCUCUAUGUAAAGUACAUUACUUUCUUGAGAUAUCCUACUCUGUAAAAAAGGGAUUAUGACAUGAUUGGAUUGGAACAUUGAAUGUGCUCCCCACUAUGUUCAGCAGAGGGAGCUGUUAACUAGAAAAUAGGUUUGUGAAAUGCUGUAUCAAAUGAGGUCAGUUACUUCACAAAAGAAAGGUAUAAAGGUUGAUGUUUUGGUGUGGAGUCCAAAUCAACUGUUAAUUUCUCUCCUUCUGUAGGGACCUCUGCAUCACAGAAUGCUGUACAGAGUGGA